AUGCAUCGCAGGAAGAGCACAGAGAAGCCGAGAAAGGUGACUCCUCCGUCGCCGAGCUAUAUGAAUAACGAACAGUUCGCUGCCUUCUUGGCAAACCUCAGAUCCAACCGAGUCGCCCGCCCCGGCGGAGCAAGACCUCUGCCACCCUCUUCUUCAAGCACAAGAUCUAAACGUCCCUCUUUCGAACACAGCGUUUCCGAACCCCUUCCUCGAUGCGAAAGUCCUGCACUCUAUAGUCCGAACUCUGUCGAUGUGCCACCACAGCCAAUUCCACCCUCUGUCAAUGCCAGUUUGUCGUCCCGUCACUCGAUCCCGAGUACCCAAGGACGCGACUAUCACCUUUAUCGCCCCACAUCACCUCUGAAGCCCUCUCAGGUCGUGCCGACUGCCACCUAUAUGGAACGGGGACAGCGAUGGAUGGAGAAGGAAGAGGCUGUGUCACUUCGACAAGCCAUGGAAGACAUGUCCAUCAAGGACGACGGACGACACGUCGAGGAUGAAGCCGCGGACACGCCAGACGACGAAACUCGCAUCUACAACGCUGCACUCGACGAAGCCUCGGAACUUGUCUGGCGGCAUCAAAACGGAGUUCGCCCUCCCGAUCAGGACGCUCCGUAUCGGUACAAGCCUCACCUCAGAAAGAACAGUUACGCUCAUGCUCGCACCGCCAGCGUGGGCAAACAUGGUGACGGCGCUCGUCCAGCCGGCCUAGCUAGGGAUAAUUCCAGGUCGGUUUCUGGCAGCUCUACCGACAGCGAUGGUCAUUCUCGACGAAGUCGGCCCUCUUUGGCUUUGUCGCGUAUUAGCGUUCGUGGAGAGAGCCAAAGCCCCGAGCGGCAUUCGAUGGACUUGGAAACUUCGGGCCCAGCCGGCACCCGGGCCCUCCCGAAACCCGUGGCCUCGGGUCAUCGCCGCAGCAGCAUGAAGCGGAACAUCAGCGGUGAAGUUCAAAGACCAUUUUCCGGUGAUCAGAUCUGGGAAGAGCCAGAAUUCAAUGCGCGGGAAGACAAGGCCAAGACGAAGUCAGCGUCGACAACCGACUUGCCUUUGGUAGACAAACCAGAGAACCCCCAGAGUCAAGUCCGAUUUGACACAGGUUCGCAGGCGGACCGCGUUAGACCCUGGAAACCCAGGUGCAAUGUAGAGAUUCAACGGAACCCGCCCUCGCAGUCGCGCAACCCGCAGUACAUGACCAACACCUCGGCUCCGAAGCCUGCGAUGACGGACGACCUGGUCCCCAAGAAGAAUGGCAUAGAGAUACGCAGUGAAGAUAUCCGAGGGGCCACAAGCAUGAAGCUGAAGGACCGCAGCGCGAAGCUGCCCACGCCCACGGCUGUCAGUGAUCGCCCUGGUCGGCCGAUUGUAAGCUUCGACUCGAAGUGGAAGGCUCCAGACGAGAGAACUGAUGCUAGGCCAGGAGCCGCGAGCCAAAACAACCAGCCGAUGGAGAUUCCUUGUAUCGUGGUGGCGGCGGAGGAGCCUCCGUCGGACAGAGCACGCGGCAUCCCGGUCGUUCCGUUGAUAAAUAUUGAUGGGGCGGAUGAGCCAGAUGGGUCUAGUCCGGGCAUACCUUCCAUAGCCAUCCCCGACGACGACUCUUCGAAUUCGACGCCGCGGCCUUUGCCCGACCCCAAGAUAGCAUCCAGGGGUCGCCCUUUCCGACGACCCCAGCGUCACUGGUCACCAGCCCCUGGAGCAGGCAAUCACUCAAGCGCUUUGUGUCACGAAUGCGGUUUCCCCAUUGAAGGUAGAUUUGUGGCUCUGGCUGGAUCGUCGGAGCGCUUCCAUCCCCAAUGCUUCAGCUGCUUUGCUUGUGGUACUGGUCUCGAGGCUUUGGAGAUCAGUCCAGAGCCAGAGGCUCACCGCCAUGAUCGCCUGGACAGAAUCCGACGUCGAGCCAAUGGCGAGGUGUUGGAAGAGACGUCAGGCAAGACCAUGGCCGAGGACGGCGACGAGCGCUUACGAUUCUACUGUCACCUUGAUUGGCACGAACUCUACGCCCCGAGAUGCAAACACUGCAAGACGCCCAUACUCGGGGAACAUGUUGUCGCCCUGGAAGAACAUUGGCACUACGGACACUUCUUUUGCGCGGAAUGUGGUGAUCCAUUCGAGAAGGGUAUGACACAUAUCGAAAAAGAUGGAUAUGCAUGGUGUAUCAACUGUCAGACCAAGCGGACAGAGAGAAGGGCACCCAAGUGCAAGAAGUGCAAAACUGCCGUCAUCGGACAGUACAUUCGAGCACUGGGGGGUGAGUGGCACGAUGAGUGUUUUCGCUGUGCCUCCUGCCAGGGCAGUUUUGACGACGGUCAAAUCUUCCCCAAAGAGGUCGGUGACAGGGUGAUGGUGCUAUGCACAGGAUGUCGUAUGAUAGAACUCAAGGCAUAA